AUUCAUGCCAGAUAUUCUGAUGAUUAGUGUUCAUCUUUCCCCAACAACACUAUAUGGGUGUAGUCAGGGCUCACCGAGUAGCAUGGUGUGUGGCAUCAGCUUAUGUUAUUUUUAUUUUCUAUUGGGGGGGGAGUGGUUCAGUUCGCUUAAGUUAAAUUCACAUCUGAUGCAGCACCACUAUAUCAUAGUUUUCCUAACUUUCCUGUUUCCUCAUUGAAAGGUACACUUUGUAUGUAUAAAGUUGAUUUAAUGUAUAUAAAUGAUUGAUAUAAUUUAAUUUAAUUUUGUAACCUUGAGGACUGCUUUGUUUUCCAGAUAUGAUGAGUCAACCAAGGAUCACGAUGAAGAAUUUCUUCUGUAUGUGAUAGAUAUCAUGUCCUCACCACUUACAUACGAUGAAGAUAAAGAUAUAUUUGACAGUGAAGUAAAUGGUGAUGAUAUGUCUAUGUGUGAGCUGUUUAACAUUGAAACGUAUGAUAAAUAUGGCCUAUAUGACACAGAUGCAGAAAAUGAGCUGCGAACUGUUACCGAUAUAAGUGAUAGUAAUAGUAAUGAACUAUUUGUUGGGGUGGACAGUUCAUCAGUUUGUCGUCAUGAUAAUAUUAAUGAGUAUUCUGAUUUCCUCCAAGAGGAUUUGUUGAUGUCAAGUAAAGAUGAGAACCUGCACGUAGUGAGCAGCAGUAAGCAACAUGAAAAUGUCAGUUCAAAUACUGAUGUCCUUGAGGAGUGUGAUGUGUUAUUUAAUUCCAGUCUACUUGGUUUUGAAUCUUCUGAAAUGAACAGUGAUAAUUGGCACCGGCAUAGUACUGUUGCACAAACCCAAGAAUAUAGCAAAGAAAACAUACCUGACUUAUCAAAUAUACCUGAAAAUGCAUUGAAAGAAACUACUGAUGGUUUCAUAAAUGUCUAUUCAUGUUCUGCUUGUGAUGAAGGUUUUCUGUCUUUUGCAGAAUUGACUGCUCACAUGAAGUAUCAUAUUCCAGGUGCAGAGAAACCAAAACAUGCCUGUACUGUAUGUGCCAGAAAGUUCUUUACAGCAGGUGCUUUAGAACACCAUGUACGAAUGCAUUCUUGUCAACCAGAAAAAUGUGAAAUUUGUCAGAAAAUUUACAAGAAUAAGUAUAUGCUAGCACUUCAUAAACUGACACAUAGUACAACCAAGAUUCAUCCAUGCCAAUACUGUAACAGGAAGUUUGUGUUUGCAUCCUCAUUAGAGCAGCAUUUAAUAGCUGAUCACAUCAGUGAACUUCAAUUUUUGUGCAAGGAUUGUAACAAGGUAUUUCAUUCAGAACUGGAAUUAAUAACUCACCGAAAGAGUCAUUCAAAACUUUCAUUUAAACAAAAAGUUAAAUGUUUAGAGUAUUUAUGCUACAUAUGUGGUGAUGUUUUUGACAAUUUUCGUAAAUUAAAAUCUCAUGAGCAACAGUUCCAUGAAAGCAGUGAAAAGCAACAAAAAUCUGAUUUCAAGAACCCGUCUAAAUACAUAUGUGAAGUAUGUGGGAAGAUAUUUAAAUAUCUUGCAUUACUAAACAAUCAUGCUGUAGUGCAUCAGGAAACAAAGGAACAAUUCAUGUGUGAAAUAUGUGGAGUGGUGUGGAAAAACAGAUGGUUAUUGCAGAAACAUCAGAUUUCUCAUAGCAGCCAUCAAGAACAUGUUUGCCGAACCUGUCAUACAGCUUACAAAACUUCUAGUGCUCUGGCAACCCAUGAGAGAAACUGUCAUGGUACUGUAUAUACAGAAUUGGGAUUGGAAAAUACUUCUUUGACUUUCUUGUGUGAAUUUUGUAGCAAAGAGUUCUCUACUAGAGAGAGACUGGAAAUUCAUGUAAGGAAUCACACAGGUGAGCAUCCAUUUCAGUGUAAAAAAUGUGACAAAAGUUACAUCUCUCAGCAUUCACUUCAUUUACAUCAGCUUAUUAGCCACAGAGUAUAUAAGAAACAGAUAAAAUGUGCAUUUAUAUGUCAUAUAUGUGGUAAAACCUUCACUUCUAAAAAUUCUCUAAAUAUGCAUCUAAAUAUCCACACAGGGAAACGACCAUUCAAGUGUAAGAUUUGCAGCAAAGCUUUCACUCAGAAAGGAGGUCUUGUUCAGCAUAUAUUAUAUCACACAGACAUGAGAUCAUAUGUGUGCACCCUUUGUGGUAAGGCAUUCCUGCGAAAUUCACAUCUGAAAAUACAUAUCCAAACCCAUACAGGUGAGAAGCCCCACAAGUGUGAUAUCUGUGGUCAUGCUUUUUCUCAGCUUGGAGACAUGAAGAAGCAUAGACGAAAGUUGCACAGUGUGUCUUAAUUAUGUAAACAGUUGUCUAGGUUGUGAUCUUACCUCUUCCAUGUGAAUAUAUAUUUUCAUUAUUGAGCUUCAUUAUAAAUAACCCAAGAACGUUUUCAGACCAAUUCGGAUGUACACAGUGUUAACAUGAGAAACAAGCAUCAUCUCCAUAGACCGGUUGCCAACCUGACAUGUUUUCAGAAAAGCGCAUAUUAUUCUGGCAUUAACAUUUUCAACAGUCUACCAUCUAGUCUCAAAAGUCUAAUGAAUGAAAAGGCGCAAUUUAAAUUAGCACUGAAACAAUACUUAAAUACACACUCAUUCUACUCUGUUGAUGAAUUCCUACUGUCUAAAAAUGACUCGUCCUUUUAAAAGGUUAUGUACAAGCAUAAGUUGACAGUAUUGUCUUAUAUAUGUGGAUGUAUUUUUCAUUUGUCUCAGUUGUACUGUAUUUAUGGCUUUUGUAUUUGUAUGACUUGUUCCACAUCCUACAGUCAUUCUGACUUACUUUGGAUCUACGGAAUGUAAUGUAUGUAUGUAU